GCUAUUUAAUUUGAGUCCAAAGGCACAUUUCCCAAAAAACUAACACAAUGCCUUCUUCACUCUCUUUUGCUCUGUUUUUCUCUUUGCUUUCUCUCCUCUUUUCCUUCAUUUCUUCAUCAAACUCUACCACUUCUACCAUUCCACUUUCACUUUUCAACACAAAACACCCAUCUCAAGAUUUAUAUGAAAAGCUCACACAUUUAGCUUCCAUUUCCUUAGCAAGAGCAAAUUACAUCAAGAAAUCUCAAGAUUCCCCUGUUUCCACAACCCCUUUGUAUCCUCAAAGCUAUGGAGGCUACUCCAUUACUCUUAGCUUUGGUACACCUCCACAGAAAAUCCCUUUCAUUAUGGACACUGGAAGUAGCUUUGUUUGGUUCCCAUGUACUACAAGGUACUUAUGUACCAAUUGCUCUGUCUCUUCAGCUACUUCACAGUCCAUUCCUACCUUCAUUCCCAAAUCUUCAUCCUCCGCACGAGUUGUUGGUUGUUUGAAUCCAAAAUGUGGUUGGAUUCAUAGCAAUAAUCCAAAAUCUCGUUGCCAAGAUUGCGAAUCGCCUACUAAUUGUAAACAGGUCUGUCCACCAUAUAUUAUACUUUAUGGUUCAGGCUCAACAGGGGGUCUUGCUCUUGUUGACACACUCGAUCUUUCUAACAAGAAAGUUCCCAAUUUUCUCGUUGGUUGUUCUCUGUUUUCAUCAAAACAGCCUGCUGGAAUUGCUGGUUUAGGCCGGGGACUUGCAUCAUUACCAAAUCAAUUAGGUGUCAAGAAGUUCUCUUAUUGCCUUGUUUCACAUAAAUUUGAUGAUACUGGUAAAAGUAGCAAUCUUGUUUUGGAUUUCAAUGCUAGUGGUGAAAAAACUGCAGGUUUAAGCUAUACCCCAUUGCUGAAAAAUCCAGUGGUGUCUGAAAAAAAUGCAUUGUCAGUGUAUUACUAUGUUAGUUUGAGGAAAAUUACAGUUGGAGGGAAGAAAGUGAAGAUCCCAUACAAGUAUUUAACACCAGAUUCCAAUGGAAAUGGUGGGAGCAUUGUGGAUUCAGGCACGACUUUCACAUUCAUGAAUCGCGGUGUUUUUGAACCAGUACUUGAUGCAUUUGUGAAACAAGUAAAGGGUAUUCCAAGAAGUGAGAGUAUUGAGAUAAUAACAGGUUUGAAGCCAUGUUUCAAUAUUUCCAGGCAAGAAACAGUGUCUUUACCAGAGCUAAAGUUUCAUUUCAAAGGUGGUGCAGAGAUGACAUUGCCAAUAGCAAAUUACUUCUCAUUUGCAGGUGAAAUUGAUGUCAUUUGCUUAACAAUGGUUACAGAUAGUGCUUUUGGCCCUGAAUUAUCUACCGGUCCAUCGAUAAUUCUGGGCAAUUUUCAGAUGCAGAAUUACUUAGUUGAAUUUGAUCUCAAAAAUGAAAAGUUUGGAUUCAAGCAGCAAAUGUGCAAAUGACCUUUUUUUUUCUUGUAGUUUUGCUCUACAUAAUUGAGGCUAAUCACUCAAAGAUUUGCCCUUUUGAGGCCUAUGGUCUAGUGGCCAAUGGGGUUAGUAGAUGAUAACAUUAAGAGGAAUGUUUAAUUUUUUACUUGUCUAAUGAAAAUAAAUGUACUUAUUUUUCUAUGGUGAAUCAUAUAUAACAAGAACCAACAUUUAUAUUUAUGAGA